AACAGAUGUGUGUUUUCAGUCCCAUUCUGAUCACACAGGUGCGUUUUAAUCUGCUCCAGCAGGUAACGCUAGUGCACCUUUACGCUAGUCACCGACCACCAGAAGAAGCAGAAACCGAAAGCUGUUAGCUGAGCAAGCUUAUUGUUGUUCUGCUGUGUGAGGGGAAUAUUUGAGGCUCUGCAGUAGAAAUGUAUUCACUUCAGUAUCUGGGACAGUUGAUCAGCUAAAGCGACUAUUUGCUGCUGCAGAAAUCUUCUCACCAGGCUGUGGAAACUUUCUUCUCCUCAAACACUUGGUGGAGUUCUUUCCAGAACCAGAGAAGAUAUUCUGCGGUCUUCGUGACAAUCGGAGCUCCAGAAUCAGUUGUAGCUGUUAGCUAAACACGGCUAAAGAAAACCUGCUACCACUUCAGGAUCAUCCAUCAGCUGGGACUGCUUCAUCGUGUGUUCUUCACCACCUGGACCUGGACAGCAUGGACACAGGUGUGAAACAGCUGUAAAAGCCAGAUCUGGUGCAGGAAAAUGGCUGAACAGGGAGUGGGGACACACUUUGCCUGGCUGUUUCUGCAGUUAUUUUCAACAGGUGGUUCUGGUUAAAUAAGAAGCUUAAGAAGAAGAGAGUGCUCGUGUCAACCACCAGCACCUAGAUUUUCUCCACAAAAAGGAGGAACAGGAGAAACUCUGGUCUAAUAUGGAGGGAGAGCAUCUCUAUUUGAAUAAGGAGACUGAUGCUGCCAGGUUUCAAUCCUUUAGCCAUAAAAUACAUUUAAACAAACACAUGAGAGUCCACACAAAGCAGAAACAUUUUGCCUGUGAGCACUCCGGACAACGGUUUCAUCAAAAGACUGAUUUAACCACACACAUGAGAGUCCACACAGGACAGACAUAUUUUGCUUGUGAACUCUGUGGAAACAGAUUUAACCAAAAGUCAAAUUUAAAUCUUCACAUGAGAGUCCACACGGGACAGACGCAUUUUGCUUGUGAGCUCUGUGGAAAAAGAUUUAGCCAUCAGACAAAUUUAAAUAAUCACAUGAGUGUCCACACAGGACAGAAGCCUUUUGUUUGUGAGCUCUGUGAAAAGAAAUUUAGCUCAAAGUCAACUUUAAACAAACACACGAAAGUUCACACAGGACAGAAGCCCUUUCCUUGUGAGCUCUGUGGACAAAGAUUUAGCCGAAAGACUAAUUUAAAUAGGCACAUGAUAGUCCACACUGGAGAGAAGCCUUUUGUCUGUGAGCUCUGUGGACAAAGAUUUAGCCAAAAGACAAUUUUAAAUAUUCACAUUAGAGUCCACACAGGACAGAAGCAUUUUGCUUGUGAGCUCUGUGGAAAGAAAUUUAACUUAAAGUCAACUUUAAACAGACACCUGAGAGUCCACACAGGACAGAAGCCUUUCUCCUGUGAGCUCUGUGGAAAAAGAUUUAGCCAUCAGACAACUUUAAAUAAUCACAUGAGAGUCCACACAGGACAGAAGCCUUUCACCUGUGAGUUCUGUAGCAAAAGAUUUAGCGAAAAGAACAAUUUAAACCGUCACAUUAGAGUCCACACAGGACAGAAGCCCUUUGCCUGUGAGCUCUGUGUAAAAAGAUUUAGCCAAAAGACAAAUUUAAACAGACACUUGAGAGUCCACACAAUGCAGAAACAUUUUGCCUGUGAGCACUGUGGACAAAGGUUUCACCAAAAGACUAAUUUAACCACACACAUGAGAGUCCACACAGGACAGACAUGUUUUGCUUGUGAACUCUGUGGAAAGAAAUUUAGCUUAAAGUCAAAUUUAAACAGACACAUGAGUGUCCACACAGGACAGAAGCCUUUUACUUGUGAGCUCUGUGGAAAGAAAUUUAGCUUAAAGUCAACUUUAAACAGACACAUGAGCGUCCACACAGGAGAGAAGCCUUUUGUUUGUGAGCUCUGUGGAAAGAAAUUUAGCUUAAAGUUGACUUUAAACAGACACAUGAGUGUCCACACAGGACAGAAGCCUUUUGCUUGUGAGCUCUGUGGAAAGAAAUUUAGCUCAAAGUACACUUUAAACAAACACACGAAAGUUCACACAGGACAGAAACCCUUUCCUUGUGAGCUCUGUGGAACGAGAUUUAGCCAAAAGACACAAUUAAACAGUCACAUGAUAGUCCACACUUUAGAGAAGCCUUUUGCCUGUGAGUUCUGUGGAAACAGAUUUAGCCGAAAGACUAGUUUAAACAUUCACAUGAGAGUCCACACAGGACAGAAGCAUUUUGCUUGUGAGCGUUGUGGAAAGAAGUUUAGCUUAAAGUCAACUUUAAACAGACACAUGAGAGUCCACACAGGACAGAUGCCUUUCGCCUGUGAGCUCUGUGGAAAAAGAUUUAGGCAUCAGGCAACUUUAAAUAAUCACAUGAGAGUCCACACAGGACAGAAGCCUUUCGCCUGUGAGUUCUGUAGCAAAAGAUUUAGCGAAAAGGUAAAUUUAAACUGUCACAUGAGAGUCCACACAGGACAGAAGCCUUUCGCCUGUGAGCUCUGUGGAAAAAGAUUUAGCCGAAAGACAAGUUUAAACAGACACAUGAGAGUCCACACAGGACAGAAGCAUUUUGCUUGUGAGCAUUGUGGAAAGAAGUUUAGCUUAAAGUCAACUUUAAACAGACACAUGAGAGUCCACACAGGACAGAAGCCUUUCGCCUGUGAGCUCUGUGGAAAAAGAUUUAGCCAAAAGACAAGUUUAAACAGACACAUGAGAGUCCACACAGGACAGAAGCAUUUUGCUUGUGAGUAUUGUGGAAAGAAGUUUAGCUUAAAGUCAAAUUUAAACAGACACAUGAGAGUCCAUACAGGACAGAAGCCUUUCGCAUGUGAGCUCUGUGGAAAAAGAUUUAGCCAAAAGACAAGUUUAAACAGACACAUGAGAGUCCACACAGGACAGAAGCAUUUUGCUUGUGAGCAUUGUGGAAAGAAGUUUAGCUUAAAGUCAAAUUUAAACAGACACAUGAGAUUCCACACAGGACAGAAGCCUUUCGCCUGUGAGCUCUGUGGAAAAAGAUUUAGCCAAAAGACAAGUUUAAACAGACACAUGAGAGUCCACACUGGCUUUUCGCCUGUGAGUUAGGUGGAAAAGGUUUACCCAAAAGAUCAAUUUAAAUAGUCACAAAAGAGUCCAUAAUGGACAGAAGCAAUUUGCUUGUGAGCUCUGUGGACGAAGAUUUCACUGAAAGAAUAUUUAAACAAUCAUCUAAGCAUCCACUAGGGCUGUACGAUCUAUUGCAGGGGUCUCCAACCUUUUUUGGCCUGUGAGCUACUUUUACAUAAUAAAAGUGCAGCAGAGUUACUGCCAUAUGAUUUAUUUACAUUGAUACUUUCCAUGUGUGAAUGUGCUUAUGUUAACAAUGCUAUACUUACUAUAUUAACAAGCAUUGUACUCACAAGUUGUUUUCUCUGUAUUUCAGUACAUCAUUAUAUACAUAUUUUUAAAAGUAUUAGUAAACUAGUGACAUUCUGAAAACCAAAUAGAACAAAACAUAUUUAGUUUUUUAAACUAAUCAAAUACUUUUAGAUAAAUAAUAACAAAUCUACUUCAUGUGAAUGAUUUGGUAAUUUUUUUAGAAGGUUAGUAACAUAACUUUUUAAGUACACAGGAACAGCUAACCUGUAAAGCUGAUGAUAUUUUAAAUAAAAUACAAGCUAAAUGUGAUGAAAACACUGCUCUCCUGAUUCACUGAAUAAUUUUUACGUUUUUAUUUAUUUAUUUAUUUAUUUGGUCAUGAAAGUUAACUUUUGCUGCAUUUAUUGCUGACAAUAUGAAGGUUGGAGGUUUAUCCUUUUUUUCUGCAUCUUGUAGGUUUUCUUUCUCCGCAGGUCUGAAGGCUGUGCGUUACACAGAGCAGAGAGACAGAGCAAGAGACCAGAACCAAAAGAAAUGUUCACGUCACACCAAUCUUAAAAUAUUUACAUUGGCAUUCAGUAGCUUACAGGAUUUAUUUCAAAGACCUUUUACUUACUUUUAAAUCAUUAAAUGGGCAACGACCUCUGUAUAUAGCAGAGAUGUUUGAAACGUAUCACCCUUCAAAAUCACUUGGGUCAGCAGUUAAAUCCACACUGGUACAACCCAGAGCCCGCACCAAGCAUGGCAUAGCAGCUGCCUUUAGCUGCUAUGCGGUCCAUCUCUGGAACUGUCUUCCAAUAGACAUUAAGACCUCUCCCACCAUUUCCAUUUUUAAAUCCAGAUUUAAAACUAAACUUUUUCAUGAUGCCUUCCAUUAAUCUAUCCUUGCCUCUGUGCUCUACUAGGUCUUUAUCUGUACUGUGUUAAAUUUAUUCUAUAUGUAUUUUAUAUGUAUACAUAUUCUGUGCAGUUUUAUUGUGUAUUGUGUAAUUACAGUGAAUACUUGUAAUAAAGUGUAGUUAUUGUGUAAAGCAGUGUAUCCUAGGAAUGAUUAAUAAAAAAAACUAGAAUUGAACCUGAUUUACAUGGUAAUAACAGUUUAAGAACUCAGAAACAAUACACUAUCUUUCUAAGUAAUUAUCAUGUAAGUACUAAGUAAUUAGAGGACUUUAAAAGAAAGCACUAUCAAUAAUUUUACUUAAUGUGCUUUUAUUUUUGUGUGCUAUGUUCUGUGUCAAUAUUCUUUUAUUUUAUUUUACACAGCAUGAUGUGACAUUUUAACUAUUUUGUUUCACUUGUGAUUGUUUUAACUAUGUGAAGAACACUGGGCUACCGUUUUGUGUAUGAAAUGGACUAUAUAAUAAACUUGACUUGAGAGUUCACAA